AUGAUCAGUCCUAAUAUAGCGGCGUGGAAUAUUAGAGGAUUUUCUUCUUCUAAUAAAGUGUCUUACUGCAAAAUGCUUGUUCAGUCCUUACGGCUGGAUAUGAUCUGUAUUCUUGAGAAUAGAAUACAACUUCAGAGUCUUUCUGACUUGAAUUUCUCUAACAGUCAUCUGAUUUUUGAUAUGGAAGCUAGCUGCCACAACUUCCAUUGUGCCUCUCUGGGUCGUAUCUGGUUAAAACGGUCUACUGAUAGGCUAUCUUUUCAGCCAUCUUUCUUCUCGUCCCAAAUGAUUGUUGAUAUGGUUUAUUUUGGUUCUUCCACUCCUUUUCUGCUUUAUGUCAUUUAUGCUUCUAACAGUCAGGUAGAGAGGAAAGUUCUUUGGGAUGGUAUUAGAUCUAUCUCUCCUUCUGAUAAUGUCCCGUGGAUCCUAAUGGGGGAUUUCAAUACUUGCCACUUCUCUUCUGAUAAGUUAGGUGGUAACCCACUUAAUCAGAAUCUCCUUAAUGAUAUUAAUAGUGUUAUCUUUGACACUAAUCUCAAGGAUUUGGGCUCUAUUGGUCCCUCCUAUACUUGGUUCAAUCAAAGGACGGAUUGUCCAAUUCAUAUCAAGCUAGAUCGCAUGAUGGUUAAUGAACAUUGGGCUGUGGGUAACCCUCUUGUGAACUUUGCUAACAAGCUCAAAUUGUUGAAAGAAAGUAUUAAGAGGAAAAGGCGGGUUAAUGCCAAUGUUAUGGCUGAUCAUAUUAAAAACCUUCAAGCUAAGCAACUUGCUUGCCUUAGCCAUCUUAAUGAUCAAGUCAAUAUUUGUGAUUCUUCUAUUAAGCUGAAAAAUUUUAAUAUCCAGUUAGAGGCUGCCUCUUCUAUGUGGUUUUCUUGGGUUAAACAAAGAGCUAAAACCAAAUGGCUUUCCCAGGGGGAAGAUGACCUCAAGUUUCUAUACUCUAGGAUUCGUUUGAGAAGGAGUUAUAAAAAAACUGCUAUAGCUUUAGCUAUGUCUACCCCAGAGGUUUCUGUUUCUGAAGCUAUCAAAGACUCCAUUUCUUACUUCAAAUCUCUUUUUAAUGCUAAUCAGCAGUUGGAUUUCGAUAUCAAUGAUUUCCCUCCAGGUCUUGUGGUUGAUCUAGAUUUAAGAAAUAAUCUUACUACUCCUUUCAUAGAAACUGAGAUUAAGAAAGCAAUCUUCAAAGGGCCUUCUGUUUGCAAUGCUAUCAAAGGUUUCUUUCAUAAUGCUUUUAUUCCCCGAUCUAUUAAAGCAGCAGCCAUCAUUCUUAUUCCUAAAUCUAGUCAUGCUGAAUCUAUUGUUGACUUCCGGUCUAUUGCUCUUUGCAAUACCUCUUACAAAAUUAUUGCUAAAUUAUUGGCUGAGAGAAUGAAACCUAUCAUGUCUAAAAUUAUCAAAGAGAAUCAAGCAGGGUUUAUUAAGAAUAGAAUAUCCACGGAUAAUGUUAUUCUUGCCAAUGAGAUUCUUCAAUUUUCUAGGAAAUCUUCUAAAAUCAGGCUUAUGUGUGUUAAGUAUGAUAUUAAGAAAGCCUUUGAUAGUGUUUCUAGACACUUCCUUCUUGCUAGGUUGGAGCAAAAAGGUUUCCCGGCUUCCUUCAUUAAGUGGAUUGAAGCUUGUAUUAUGGAUGUCUGA